AUCACAGAAUUACAUUUUCGUUUUCGUUGGUAUUCAUUAAUAUUAACUAAUUAUUUAAUUAUUUCAAAAUUUAAUUUGUUCAAUUUGUUUAUGAUUGUGAAUGUUUAAAAAUCGUAUUUUUUUUACUUUUUAAAUAUAGAUCUCGAUUGAAGAACAUUUUAGAACACUAUGGUGUUAAUUGGAAAGUGUCAUCAAUUGUAUGGCUGUUUUCAAAAAACGUCCACUAAACGCUUAAUAAAUACCUUAUUCAGUUCUUCGUCAGAAUCAAAAUAUUUAAAUUAUGGGCCACAACUAAGGUUCAUGUCAAUUGACAACGAUUCAAAACACACACAUGAAACUGACAUAAAAAAAUUGUUGGAAGAUGGGACAGUCCCAGAAGAGUCAUCUGUUGUAGGAGACACUGAAAACUGGACAACAUCCCCAUAUCCGAAAGGUUCAUAUGUACCUCACAAAAACCAGUCUCAAGCGCAGCAUGCUCUACGGCCAAAGGUUGACCCCAAAGAAACAUCAAUACUCAUGUUUCCUGGCCAAGGUACCCAGUUUGUGGGUAUGGGAAAAAAUCUGUUAGUGUUUCCUCAGGUUGUAGAGAUGUUCGAAGCAGCCAGUGAAAUACUGAAGUAUAAUCUAUUGAAACUUUGUUUGGAAGGACCAAAAUCUAAAUUGGAUCAAACCAUCUAUAGUCAACCAGCCAUCUUUGUGUGUUCCUUAGGUGCAGUUGAGAAACUAAAAGAAGAGAAACUUAGUGCCAUUGAAAACUGUAUGGCUGUUGCUGGUUAUAGUAUUGGAGAAUUUGCUGCGCUUACAUUUGCUGGAUGCUUUUCAUUCGAACAAGCGGUCAAUUUAGUAAAAGUACGUGCUGAAGCAAUGCAUUAUGCAUCUGAAAUUGAACCGGGUGGGAUGGCAAACAUUUAUUUAAGUCCAGAUUCUAAAUUAAAAUAUGCUUUGAAAAUGGCCAGAGAUUGGUGUCUGGAUAAAGGAAUUGAAAAACCUGUUUGUUCUAUAUCAAACUAUUUGAAUCCUGAUUGUAAAGUGGUUGCUGGACAUUUAGAAGCAUUAAAGUAUUUAGAAUCAAAUUUAAAACAAUAUAACCUAAGAAAGAUGCAAAGGUUAAAUGUUUCUGGUGCAUUUCAUACGGAACUCAUGCGCCCUGCUGUUGAACCAUUUGCAGCUGCAUUGCGUAACAUAAAAAUAGCAGAACCUCUGAUAGCCGUUCAUUCAAAUAUUGAUGGAAAACGUUAUCAUAACAGUGCUCAAAUUUAUAGAAAUUUACCUAAACAAAUAUACAAACCUGUUAAGUGGGAACAGACAUUACACAUAUUGUAUGAACGUCCAGUUGGGUCUGAUUUCCCAGAUACCUUUGAGUGUGGUCCUGGCUCUACCCUCAGAAAUCUAUUAAAAACAGUUAAUUCUAAGGCUCAUUCUUCUUGUCUGACUAUUGAUAUUUAAUGUAUUUAUUGAGUAGGAAACUUUAAUUAUAAAACUAUUUAUAAUGCAAUACCAGUUAUUUGUUAUAUAUUAUUAUUAUACUGUUUUAUGUAAUUCUCUCAGUAGAUUAUUUCAUCUAUUGAGACUUAUAAUUAAAUAAACUACGACUGGUAUACACUAAGAUAUGUAAUAAAAUAAAAUUCUAUAAUUUAAAAUACAAAA